AUGGAUGCCAAAUUGUGGGCUGAGGAAUUCAAUCGUUAUGACCCACCAAAGAAAAUAGAUAUAGUACAAAUGUGUGUACUUGAAAUGAUAGAUAUGCCAUCAGAGCCGUUGUUCCACCUUGAGCAUUACAUUGAAGGCGACUACAUCAAAUACAAUUCAAAUUCAGGUUUUGUUUCUGAUAUUGCUCGCAAGACGCCUCAAGCUUUUUCACAUUUCACUUUUGAGCGAUCGGGUCAUCAGAUGAUUGUUGUUGAUAUUCAAGGCGUUGGAGACCUUUACACCGAUCCGCAGGUGCAUACUGUUCUUGGAACAGACUAUGGUGACGGCAACUUAGGCACGCGAGGAAUGGCUUUGUUUUUCCACUCUCAUAAGUGCAACGAUAUUUGCCAUUCUCUGUGUUUGACGGAAUUCGAUCUAUCCCGAGCGGAGUAUCGAGCUUUGAUCCGUGGAACAUCCGUCACCAAGGCGAAUCAGUCGACUGUGUUUACGCGCACUGUUAGCGCUUGCUCCGCACUCGUGCCCGAGCUAAAUCAGGAGGAUGCAAUGGAAUGCCUUCGACUACGCACUUUAUCUUUUCGAAGUCGUGCGUCUUCAGUGGACGAUCUUAAGCUUGGACUAGAUCUCAAAGGAGAAGUGCAUGAUGCUGAUUGUAUUUGCGAAGCUUGUCUUGCUGAAGUGGCUUCUGAUUUGGCCAGCGACCCUUUUGAUGAGAGCACAGAAGGUUACGAAGUUGGAGAAGAGCGUCCAUGUCCCGUGAUAAAAGUGGGGUUUUACAAUCAGUCUUCAGAGCGACCACUACGCAGCGAAAGCUGUUCGAGUUCUCUUGGAAGUUCCUCGAGAAUCACGCGUGAUACUGAGAAGGAAGAAUACUGGGUUGAUGCUCGUCGAAAGUCUGUGCCAGCCGGAGUUCUCUCAGCCAUGGAAGUAGAGCAGCUCACUGAAUCUUCAAAGCUCACUCAGAAUGUUUCCAUACUCGGCCAGAUUCAUCUCGACAUGGCUCGAUAUCACGAAAUUGGUAGGUUUCUCCCGGAGAAAACCGAUGAAGAGAAGCAUGCUAUCCCGCUGAGUAAUCUGGAUACUGACAUUAGCUCAUGGGAUGAUUCGGUCGACUACGACAAGGAGUCAGCUUAUUUUCAUCUCGAUAUAGCGAGACGAUGCGGUGUAUUAGAAGCAGUCGUUACUGUUGCUCAAAUGGCGUACAGGUUACCCCACGACCUCCUCAAAGAUGUUGGUGACGAUCGUAUUUUAGUUGAAAAUGGAGAAGAAAGGGAAGAUUUUAACAGAGAAGAAUUCGGUUUUGAACUUAUGGAAACAGCUGCUGAAAUGGGAGAUCGUAAUGCCAUGCUGUUUGUGGCUCAGUCGUUUGAAACUGGCCGAAGAAUGGGUCCGAAUGCACAGCCAAGCUAUCCGGAUGCGAUAAGAUGGUAUGAGAAAGUGGUGGGAUUCACCGAUGAUGACUCAGUUGAAGGUGUCCUGCUUCCUCGUUAUGAAAUACUGGCGAAAAUGGCCCAAAUGUAUCAGGAAGGAGGAUGUGGUCUUGUGCAGAAUUUUGAACUUGCUUACAAUUUAUAUACGGAGGCCGCUGAAGUAGCUAUAGAAGCAAUGAAAGGAAAAAUUGCCAACAAAUACUAUGAGCAAGCCGAGAUGUGCUCUCGCUGA